CACAUCAUUUGACUGAAAUUGAGAUUUCAGAGGGCAAUUCGUCUCUCUCUUGUCUCGUUGGGUGAUCCAAACAAAAUGGCAAGUGAAGAAGCGAAGGAUCCAUGGAAAGGAGGAGAAGAGUGGGGGAGUGAGAAUGAGAAGAAGACGAAGAAGCCAAAUGGUAAUAGUGGUGGUGUGAAAACGGUGACGAGAGCGAGGAAACAAAUGCCGAGGGGACUUGAAGAGAAAUACGAAGCUUACUUCCUCCCGCGAAAGCCAUGGCCGAGGGCUCUUGCCUACUACGGAAGUUUCAUCCUUGGUGGGAUCGGUGCUGGCAUGGUUAUUGAAGCUUGGAUCAACAAAAAAGUCAAAGAAGAUGGAGGAGUCAUUUGGGAAUUCGACAAAUGAAUCCGUAUAUGAGGUCUCUGAUACGACAAAAUCAGAAUGUAAGAAAACAGGCGACAGAGAGUGAGAGUAUUUGUUUUACUUACACUACACAUUAUUCGUAGAUUGGAUUGUUUUUGCUGUAGAAUUCAGGAGGUAAUCAGAAAAUCGAUUGAACAAACCGCAAAAAUCAAAGCUCAGUCUUGUUUCAAAUGUUUCUGUUUCUGACACUAUCAUUGAGUAAACAUAGUUAUGCUGAAAA